CCAACUUUAGCUCGCUCGCUCGUUAGAGGUCUGUUAUCCAAACUAUGCGCGAGUGCAAAUAAAUAACAAUUAAUAUACGCGUUUUGAACAUGAACGCAUUUUAUUUAACAGUGUUUUUUUUAAAUAAGCAUUGUUUAAGUAAACUAAUUUAGGACGCUACUUUGCUACCCUGCUUACUAAAAAUCGCUAUCUAGUUUGAUUGAGCAUGCCUGAUACGGUCAUGCAUAACGGAAAUCCAGUCAUGAGUUGUCCUGGCCGUGAGGACCCGACACUUGCGAGACAUUUUAAAGGCCACAAAGAUGCUGUCACGUGUGCAGAUUUCAGUCCCAACAACAAGCAGCUGGCCACUGGAUCCAGUGACAAGACUCUCAUGAUAUGGAACCUCAACCCCAAAUCCAGAGCGUUCAGGUUUGUCGGACAUCAGGACGUCAUAACCGCCGUGCACUUCUCCCCGUCUGGCGAACUGGUGGCUUCUGGAUCAAGGGACAAGACCGUGAGACUGUGGACGCCCAAUAUCAAAGGAGAGUCGACGGUGUUUAAAGCGCACACGGCCACCGUACGCAGCGUGAGCUUCUCCGCUGAUGGUCAGAGACUGGUCACUGCUUCAGACGACAAGUCUGUGAAAGUGUGGAGUGUGCAUCGGCAAAAAUUCAUCUACUCCCUCAACCAACACACCAACUGGGUGCGCUGUGCCAGGUUUUCUCCAGAUGGGCGGUUGGUGGCGUCGUGCGGCGACGACAGGACGGUUCGUCUCUGGGACACGUCCACUCGCCUGUGCAUCAACACGUUCACCGAUUACGGCGGACCAGCAACGUUUGUGGACUUCAACAGCAGCGGUACUUGUAUCGCGUCCUCGGGAGCAGACAACACGCUGAAGAUCUGGGACAUUCGAACAAACAAACUCCUUCAGCAUUACCAAGUCCACAGUGCGGCGAUCAACAGCUUCUCCUUCCACCCCUCGGGGAAUUACCUGAUCAGCGGCUCCAGCGACAGCACGGUGAAGAUCGUGGACCUGCUGGAGGGACGACUUAUCUACACCCUCCAUGGCCACAAGGGUCCGGUCCUGGCCGUGGCGUUCUCUCGAGGUGGAGACCUCUUUGCGUCAGGUGGAUCUGAUUGUCAGGUCCUCAUGUGGAAGACCAACUUCGAUGCCCUGAACUACAGGGAGAUGUUGAGCAGACACAGGAAGCGUGUAACUCCAGAUCCUCCUCCUCACCUGACGGACAUCUAUCCCCGCUCCCCGCACGUCCACCUCGCCCACAACGGAACCGUGGAGAUUAACCCCGUGGUCGCUGACGUCCACUCGGCCCAUCCUCACGUGGUGGAGGUAGGAGAGGAUCCUUUCUACACUACGGGCGCAGAUAGGCACGCAAGUGGGAUCACGGACCCCAGAGAGUAUCCCAGCACAAGCGCAGGUUUCGCCUCCACCUUUACUCACACUCAUCACCAUGAGGAAGCCGGGGAAGAGGAAAAUCUGGGUCCAGGGGUUACAGACUUCCAGGACGAGCGCUCUGGAACUUCGCCGGCAUUGAGAAGCACAUUGGAGCACAUCGUUCAGCAGCUGGACAUUCUGACUCAGACCGUGGCUGUACUGGAAGAGCGUCUCACGCUGACAGAGGACAAGCUGAGAGAGUGUCUAGACAACCAGGCUGUUAUUCUGGAGCAGAUGCAGCAGCAGGACGAGUCACACAAAGAGACGAGAGGUGCUGAGGGUCCAGCGGUUUGACACGCGUCCCAUCAUCAGCUUUCAGGGGUCAUCGAUGCUGUUCUGGAGUAUAAGAGACUCCCUCCUCCCUCUUAACACUUAGGAACUUUCUUCAGCUUCAAAACGCAAGAAAAACGGAAAGAAAAGGAACGGAAGGAAUUGAAGGAAGAGCAGGACGGAGGUUAGAGGGCAGUGAGGGGUUAGAGAAGGGGGAUGUUUAAAGGAUCCUGUAGCAGUCUCUCCCAGAAAUUCAUUAAGUCCCUGCGGAUGAGACAGCUGCAGCUAGGAAAACAUCCCGGCCUUGUUUUGACAGCAGUGAGAGGCGGCAUUCUUCACGACAGCCGCUCCGAUGACACGUUGGGAGAGAGACAGGCAUCUCUCUCUCUCUCUCUCUCUCUCUCUCUUUCACUUUCUCCUUGUUUGUUCUCAUCUGUGUGUACAUUUAUAUUUUAUAGAAAUAAAUGAGUGUCAUGAAUGAAA